CUCACUCACUCACAUACACAUUUCAUCCUUCAGUCAACAGAUGUUGUUUCUAAUUGAGGGUAUGAUAGGCAGGCCAGUUCUCAAGGACUACCUCAGGGAACUUUUUAAAACAUUUUUACCCCCCUUUUUCUCCCCAAUUUCGUGGUAUCCAAUUGUUAGUAAUUACUAUCUUUUCUCAUCGCUACAACUCCCGUACGGGCUCGGGAGAGACGAAGGUUGAAAGUCAUGCGUCCUCCGAUACACAACCCAACCAAGCCGCACUGCAUCUUAACACAGCGCGCAUCCAACCCGGAAGCCAGCCGCACCAAUGUGUCAGAGGAAACACCGUGCACCUGGCGACCUUGGUUAACGUGCACUGCGCCCACGCGCCACAGGAGUCGCUGGUGCGCGAGCCCUCCCUAACCAGGACGACGCUAGGCCAAUUGUGCGUCGCCCCACGGACCUCCCGGUCGCGGCCGGUUACGACAGAGCCCAGAGUCUCUGGUGGCACAGCUAGCGCUGCGAUGCAGUGCCCUAGACCACUGCGCCACCCGGGAGGCCCCACCUCAGGGAACUUUUAAUAGAUGUUCAACACUUCUCUAUCAGAGCCGGUUCCUGAGGGAUAUGAGAAUGUCUCUGACAUCGUUCCUCCCUACAGCGCCUUCUCAGCGCAGGGACAACCAGUGGGUGACCUGGUUUAUGUGAACUAUGGGCGUACAGAGGACUUCUUCCAGCUGGAGAGAGAGAUGGGGAUCAACGUCACUGGGAAGAUCGUCAUAGUCAGAUAUGGAAAUAUCUUCAGAGGAAACAAGGUGAAGAAUGCGAUGCUUCAUGGGGCGAGCGGUAUAAUCAUGUUCUCAGACCCUGCAGAUUACUGCGCCCCAGGAGUUCAGCCAUACCCCGACGGGUGGAACCUUCCAGGUGGAGGGGCACAGAGGGGUAAUGUCCUCAACCUGAAUGGGGCAGGAGACCCCCUAACGCCAGGGUACCCUGCUAAAGAAUACACUUACAGGUACAACCUGGAGGAAGGGGUGGGGCUUCCUAAAAUUCCAGUGCAUCCUAUUGGCUAUCAUGAUGCCAUCCAACUACUAAAGAAUAUGGGAGGAGACAUCCCACCCAAUAACUGGAAGGGAGCGUUAAACGUGUCCUAUCGGAUUGGACCGGGCUUCACUGACGGCUUCAGUACACAUUCCUUCCCCUUCUCUAACGAGUUGGCAAGAGAACAGGAUCAGAGGCUAGGGGUGAGGGAGGGUGGAAGGUGUGAACAUCCACACCACAACCAGGUGACCCGGAUAUACAACGUCAUCGGGAGGUUACGAGGGGCCGUGGAGCCAGACCGCUAUGUGAUCCUUGGGGGCCACCGGGAUGCCUGGGUGUUCGGGGGGAUCGACCCGGUAACGGGAGCUGCCGUGGUGCACGAGAGUGUAAGGAGCGCCGGGAAACUGCUCAGAAAAGGCUGGAGGCCCAGGAGGUCCAUAGUAUUUGCCAGUUGGGAUGCAGAAGAGUUUGGACUGCUGGGAUCAACAGAGUGGGCUGAGGAAAACGCCAAAGUGCUGCAGGAGAGAGCAGUGGCUUACAUCAAUGCAGACUCAGCAAUAGAGGGUAUGUACACAUUGAGGAUAGACUGCACCCCUCUCCACACCUUGGUGUACGACAUCACCAAACAGGUGUCCAGUCCAGAGGAGGGAGAGGAGGGGUUGUCUCUGUAUGAGAGCUGGCACAAGCGCGACAACUGGACAGAUGACCGCGAUGCACCCCGGAUCAGUAAGCUGGGUUCAGGCAGUGACUUUGAGGCGUAUUUUAUCCGACUGGGCAUCGCAGCAGGCAGGGCCCGAUACACCAAGAACAGGAAGACAGAGCGGUACAGCAGCUACCCAGUGUAUCACAGUGUGUAUGAGACCUUUGAGUUGGUGGAGAGGUUCUACGACCCUUCCUUCCGGAAGCUCAGAGCCGUAGCUCAGGUCAGGGGAGGCCUCAUCUUCCUAUUGGCUGAUUCCCAGCUCCUCCCCCUGGAUGCCAGUCAAUACGCUGGCUCUCUGACAAAGUACGCCCACACCAUCGCUCAGCUGGGACAAAAACACCCAGAUGCUCUUGUGAAAUACGGGGUAUCAUUCGAUUCUCUGUUCUCUGCGGUGGAGAACUUCACUGUGGCUGCUAGGGAUUUCCAUGAGCGUCUCACCACUCUGGACAGAACAGACCCUAUACAGAUACGUAUGGUCAAUGACCAGCUAAUGUACUUGGAGAGAGCCUUCGUGGACCCGCUAGGUUUACCUGGCCGACCAUUCUACAGACAUGUGAUCUUUGCUCCCAGCAGUCAUAAUAAAUAUGCUGGCGAGUCCUUCCCUGGCAUUUAUGAUGCGCUGUUCGACAUCGAGCGUACAGCCAAUCCCAAACAGGCGUGGGAUGAAGUGAGGCGACAGAUCAGCAUCGCUGCGUUUACCGUCCAAGCUGCCGCCAUGACACUCACACCUCCUGCCUAACGAAAAGAUCUCUCUCACACACACACACACACACACACACACACACACACACACACACACACACACACACCAACUGAGAAAGACACACCAGCCCUGCCUUACACUCCAUGCUUUAUCUGAGCCAGUAGUCUGAAGCCACAUCCUCUCCCAUCGCUAUCUGGCUGCUUUUAGUAAAACUGCACCAUUUUGAAAAUAAAAACAGACUUUUAA